GCUGAGUUUGCUGGCUUUGCUGCUUUUUCUGGCUUUGGGCUGGCUUUGUUUUGGCCUGGCUUUUUGCGGAGCAAGUCAAGUGUUUGGGCCCAGACUUUGGGCCGUUUUAUUCGUUCAACGGGCGCUCGAGCGAACGGUUGUUGCUUUGUCUUUCGACUUUGGCGCUGUAUCUGUAUCUCUGCAUCCGACGGAUACGCGAUUCGAUUUGAGCCGUUCCGCGUCCGCUGUGUGUGUGUGCGUGUGAAGAAAGAGCUAUAUUUAUAUAUAGAUAUAGAUACGUAUAUAUCAAAUAUAUUUUGCUGCUGGUGAAAUAGCCACAGCAAUCCGCGGGCCGUUAAAGCAAUAGUUUUUCCAGUGUUCAUUACAUAAAAAUCAACGCAAAUUUAUAUAGUAUUUGUAUACAAACGUUUGCCCAGCGAGAAAAUCUUAUGCAAAUGCGUUUUCAAAAAUAAUUAAGCGCCAGCCUCGAGAUUUGGCAAGAAAGUCAGUCAGUUUGCAGCGCCCCAGUGACUUGGGAUUUCUUGGAUUUAAUUCGGAUCUCGGAUUUCGGAUUUCGGAUAUAGCAGCCCAGUGCAACCUGUAAAUAAAUCAAAGCCAUGUGCCGGCCAUAAACCGAAGACACGCUUCCUAAUUGAAAACAGAGCCAGCUAAAUGGACGCGUAGCAAAAGGCCAACAGUGCGAGCGAGAGGGCGAGUGAGUGCGACAGAGAGCGAGCGAGAGAGAGAGAGAGAGCGAGCGAGACGAUCGUGAUUUGGAUUUUCAGCUUGAUAUCAAAACGGAGCGGACAGCAGCGAAGCGGACGAGAAAAACAAAAUCCACGCCAAAAUGUCCAACGCCACAAAAAUGGUUUACAGUUAUAGAAUUUUAUGGCUUUCCGGCGUUUUACUAGGUCCCAUCUUGCUGGCCGCCAUCGCGGUUCAGGGCCAAGAGCCAGCCAGUCCAGUAUUUCAAAACCACAAGACGAAGGAGUGGACGAAUUUAGACAACAUAACCUUCUCGUUCGAUUGCAAGAGGCGUUCUGUGGGCUUCUAUGCGGAUAUGGAGUACAAUUGCCAGAUCUUUCACAUGUGCGAUGAGGAGGGAAAUCGGAUUCCACACUUGUGCGCAAACGAAACGAGCUUUAACCAGGAGUACAGAAUCUGUGAUUGGGACUACAAUUUCAACUGCACAGAGUCACCCAAAUGGUUCUACCUGAACGAACUGACCUACGCCACUGAUCCGCCAGAUGAAGACGACGAGGAUUACUGAACGAUUCGCAACUAAUUAAAUAUUUAUUGUCUCUCCAAAAGCAAACUAAUUAAAUUAAACGCCCCCUGAAAAUGUGCAGUGUAAUCGUAGCUGAAAGCAAAAAUGUGUGAAAAUAAUGUGUAAAAUUCCAUGCAAAUGAGAUAAACUAAUUUAAGCGCCUUGUUGACGAUUUGUUGAGUUUCGUUUUGUACCUUUGUAUUGUAGUCUAAUUAAUUGAGUCGUGCGAGGAGUCGUGUUGUGUAUAUAAUGUAUAUAGAGAUGGUCCCAGUUCCAUUUCCACGCCACUUUCAAAUCCAUUCAACAAACUUCCAUUCGAAACACCCGGAAAACACCUCGGAUGGGCCGCCACAUUAAUGUAUAAUUUACAAAUAAUCUUCGUAUUUGUAAGCAAUAUAAAACCGAAAUAAAAACAAAGCAAAUUAAUAGCCUAA